AUGGCGUCAGUGUUCGCCCGCCAUUCUCUCGGCGCCAUUUUGUAUCGUUCUUGAGCAUAUGAUCGUUGUUGUUCGCUCUGUACAAAUUUUGUUAUAAUUGUUUAAAAAUCACAUUUUUCAACUAAAAAAGGAAAUUUAAAAUGGCCCGUACCAAGCAGACUGCCCGUAAAUCCACCGGAGGAAAAGCUCCCCGUAAACAGUUGGCCACAAAAGCGGCGCGAAAAUCAGCUCCCAGCACUGGCGGAGUGAAGAAGCCCCAUCGUUACCGCCCGGGUACAGUGGCCCUCCGAGAAAUCCGUCGUUACCAGAAAUCUACUGAGUUGCUUAUCCGCAAGCUGCCUUUCCAACGUCUCGUGAGAGAAAUUGCUCAGGAUUUCAAGACUGACCUUCGUUUCCAGUCUGCAGCCAUCGGAGCGCUGCAGGAGGCGAGUGAGGCAUAUCUUGUGGGCUUGUUCGAAGACACCAACUUGUGCGCCAUUCACGCGAAACGCGUGACCAUUAUGCCUAAAGACAUCCAGUUGGCCAGACGGAUCCGUGGGGAGCGUGCUUAAGUUAGCUGUAGUGUAGAUUAACUCUUAUUAUAAAUUAUUCGUAAUUUGAUUAGACAUAUGCACAUUCUUUGUCUCAUAUUUUAUAAUAAUUCAUGAUUCAUUAAAUAUAAACAUCAUAUUUGUUAAAGUAAGGAGACAGCGGAACUGAUCUUUUUUUAUAAAUAUUUUCUUGUACUCUUAAGUAUGACUAUGUUGUUUUGCAAGGUAUCUCUGAGUGCGACAAUUUCUCAUGAUAUGCAGGUACUAGUUGCUGUUCAUCAUCUUUCAGCCAUGCCUUACACAACAGCAUAGCUCUUUAUAUUAUAAUAUGUAAUUGACUUGUGGGUUUGUAACUAGUGUAAUAAUUAGACAAUAUUGUAACCACGUCCUCUGGGAUAAUGUGUUUGGAGCAAAUUGAUGUAUAAUGGAUGUGUAAUGAUGUUAAAUAAAUAUAAUUAGGAUUAA